ACUUACACACUCCAGGAGAGACAGAAACAGUGUGUGCAUGUCAGGGAGAGAUAGAUAGAGAGAGAGAAUGUGCUGAGAUGUCUUGAUGGAUUAUUGGAUGGACAUGCUUGUUAAUUUUCAGACAUUAUUUACUAUGGAUUGGACAAAUGUUAAAACUGACAACUCAACCGCUUAAUCAGGUGAACAAGGAGAAGAUCAUGGACGCGGAGAGUCUUAUUCAACACAUUGAACGAGAGAUGGAGGCCACUUCUUUACCGUUUUCAGUGAGCACCGACUGGCUGGAGGACGGAAACGAGACGAUUGGGAAUCAGUUCCAGCAGCCCGACUGGCAGGUGGCUCUGUGGGCCAUAGCCUACUCCCUCAUCAUCCUGGUGUCCAUCACUGGUAACGUCACAGUGAUCUGGAUUAUUCUCGCUCAUAGACGCAUGAGGACUGUGACCAACUACUUCAUCGUCAACCUUGCCUUCUCUGACGUUUCCAUGGCAACCUUCAACACUCUUUUUAACUUUGUCUAUGCGCUUCACAAUGACUGGUACUUUGGCCUGGGCUACUGCCGAUUUCAGAACUUCUUUCCCAUCACGGCCAUGUUUUCAUCAAUAUACUCGAUGGCUGCCAUCGCAGUGGACAGGUACAUGGCCAUCAUCCAUCCUCUGAAGCCCCGCCUCUCCUCUACAUCUACAAAGGUCGUGAUCGCCCUGAUUUGGGCCGUAGCAAUCUCACUGGCUUUCCCUCAGUGCUACUACAGCGUGACAAUGUUUUACUACCCAAGAACUGUGUGCAUGGUCAACUGGCCUGAUGAUUAUGGAGGAACACAUCAACUAAGUUACCAGUUUGCAGUGAUAUUGCUGAGCUACUUGCUCCCUCUACUGGUAAUGCUGGUGACCUACAGUUUGGUUGGCCAAUCGUUGUGGGGUGGGCACAUCCCUGGAGAGGCGACAUACCACUACCACAGCCAGAUAACAGCCAAGAGAAAGGUGGUGAAGAUGAUGGUUGUGGUGGUGGUGACCUUUGCCAUGUGCUGGUUGCCCUACCACAUCUACUUCAUACUGGGAUCAUUUAACAGAGACAUUUAUAAACAACAUUACAUUCAACAGGUGUAUCUGGCCAUAUUCUGGUUGGCGAUGAGUUCGACCAUGUACAAUCCUAUCAUUUACUGCUGUCUAAAUCAAAGGUUUCGUGCAGGUUUCCGUCAUGCGUUUGCUUGGUGUCCCUUCAUCCAAGUGUCGGAGGAAGACAGGAUGGAAUUGCAGCACACGCACACCUUCAGAGUCACGAUGACACGCAGCCACCGCAAUGACAGUACAUAUGCACACACCUCCAUCAAAACAAACAACACCUUCGACACAAAUUUGUCUGUCAGCACUCAGCUAAACAAAGAGAGAGAUUCUUGCUUGCAGCUUCAAAAAUCACCAUCGGAAGCAUACAGCGCACAUGCAGUGAAGAGGCCGGACAACACAAAAUCCCCAGCAGCCAAACUUAUGCAGCGUAGCCGCUGACUACUGAAACAAUUCACGAUGAGCACAUUCACCAUGGGAAGGCAACAGGGUUUUUCUACAGUGACAACAGAUAGUAAAUAGACUGCAGCCAAUAAAGAAUAGAGGAGAGCCUGCUGACUGCUAAACAGAGUGGAGCAAACAUGAUGACAUUCAUCCAUGUGGAAAACCUUGAAGUAAAGAGUUGUUCAUUGGACCUGGCUUGGGACCAAUAAUCUUCUUUGUUAAAGAGGAAUAUAAAUGAAUGUGACUUUCAAGCUGAUGGAUGUUUUGCUGUAAAUGCCAAAGUGGUCAUAUGAGCUUGUGUAGAGAGGCUUAUUCCUACAAGUGUUUGCUGUUAAUGGAAAAGUCUGUAGAUAAAUCCGUCCAUCAUUCAUUUCUUUUACUGAAGCCCAUUCUCCUUCCUCCUCCCUCCAUCGUCUAUAUACUUUCUUUCAUCACUGACUUUUUCUGCGUCUGUUGUGAACUUUGGAUACGUUUGUGUAACUGUAAAGUUUUUUGUGUGGUUACUGGUAUUUCAACAGCAUGUAAUGGAUGAACAGUCCACUGGCAUCAGCACCAAGCCUUAAUAUUGUUGUUUUUAUGGGGUUUCUUCUUUUUUAUUGCCACAGAAAUGGGACUUUGAAAAAGGUUUUCUUUUCUCAAAGGGACAUUUUCUAUUGCAUUUCUUUCUUCACCAAUCACAACACAAAGUUGUAAUUAAAGUUAACCUUUGGUAGCUCAGUUUAUUAAAGAAAAAAAAGUAUUUUCUAACAGUUAGUGUGGGAUCAGCCAUAUUGAUGACCUUAUAACAAAUUACUUUCAUUAGUAAAGAUCUGUCUAAGGAACUCUGUGGUAUAAAUUUGGAAGUUAAGGAUUUUUUUGUCAAUACUGCUGUCCCUACUGUUGGAACUGAAAUAAAGAAAAGUAACUUAAAGUAAAUUUAUUUACACAGGAUGUAACAUGUAGCAGCAGGGCCCAUAUGGAACGACUGGAAAUGUAUAGAAAAUGUUGAGUAUAUCCUUAUAUACUCAACAUUUUCUAUGUCAAAGUGUUAUCACCACAAUUUCAGUAGUAGCGAGGGCACCUCCUCCUGUGUCUAACAUAAAUAUCAAAAUAUAUCAACACUGACAUUAACUGAUUAUUAUACAUUUUAGAAGUAAAAAACAAAAUUGAAUUGACCUUAUUUCAUAGACUUUGCUGGAUCUGUCUCAUUAUCAGUUAUAUGGUGAACAUGUAUCUGUUACUGUACAGUGCUUUCCGUUUAACAUAUCAGUCACAUAGUGUACAUUCAUACAGUAUGUUGCUCAUAUAUUGUGACUUCACUGGUUUAUGCAACAGUCAUUUUUUGGUCAGUGGUCAGUGUGCAAUACAGUCCACAUUAAAAAGUAAGUGCUGCUACUAAGAAGAAUGUGAUGUAAAAUGUUAUCUAUUGAGUAUAUAUUAAUGUAGAAAAUGCUGAUGAAGUGGACAUGUAACUAUGGGACUUUGUGAUGGUUGUGCACAUACAGUAGGAACAUAAUGUUAUAAAUAGUGUCCCCUGUUAGCGUCAACAUUUCAGAAUGUAGAGAAAAACCUUUUGAUUCCUUGUAACAUCUCUUGACUUUCAAAUACAGUACACACAGUGACAAAGUGAAACAUUUGUAUAUGUUGUCUACACAAAGCAGCAGGGUAGUUGUAUGUGCCUAAAUAAAAUUUAUAAAAUAUUUAAUAAA